GUGAUGUCACAGGGGCCAGUGGAUUUAAGCAGGUUUUAGUUUGACGCUAAUCCCCUUGUGGCAAACGCUGUGGAGGAGAGGACUGUCCCUGCCAAUGGCGUGCAUCAACCCCAUUGGAUUACUGCGUCUCGUCCCCUCCUCCACUCUGUUGCCAUUGUCCAGCAUGUGUUUUUACCCCAAUUUCUUUACCCUCGAUCUUAGUUUGGAAUGUAAGCGUCAUGCCCAGCACAAGCAUGAUCCCUGCUGUAGAAUGGAGUAGAGCCUCGUCCUAAAGGUGUGUUUUUUUUUUUCUUUCUGCAUGUGUGUGUAUACUCUGUUUAUCAUGUUGUGCCUCUCUCCUUGUGGAUUUCUAAUGUUUCCAGGGCUGAAUUAUUUAGAUAGGCUGCCAGCAGGGAGCUACAUGAUAGCACAAACUUUAGAGUGAGGGGAGGGUGGGGGCCCUACAGCUGUAGAUCAGGUAAGAGGGUACCGCAAGCUUCACCUUUUCUCUUCUCCACCCUCUCCUCCCUAUUUGAUUGGAGGUGAGUGUAACAGGAGAAGCUGAAACACAAUACCCAGCUCUAUUUUCCGCUUUUAUAGCCGCGGCUUUAUUGUCUUCACUGAUGCCUAACUCAAGUGAGCAGUUGCGUUUUGGUGGCUCUCUGGGCCAGUCUCGUCCUGAAUGGACUGAAGGCCAGAUCGACGGAGCUGCAAGCCGCUGCAACUAUUGUGGCACCUUUUCGGGGCGUAGGAAUUCUUUGCCCGUGGGCGGAAGAGACGGAUUAUCAUAUCACCAUCACCUAGAUCUUAGUGAUAAACAGGAUCCAGUCCUCCGGUCUUCCUUGUACAGGCAGAUUCAGCAGGAUGCCCAUGUACAGCAGCUACUAAGGAAGCACUCAGUGCCCGAUCUGAGCAGCAGUCUCUACCUCAGACAAGUGAUGGCAGGCCGGGCCUCUGCACCUCCUCAGGAUUACUACCUGGCUGACGCUACCUUAUCUAGUCAGCUACCUCAAGAGUCUGGGUUUUAUAGGGAUAACCAGCAACUGCUCAACAGAUCAGCCUUGCAUUAUGGGCCCAGUCCUGGGGGGGUGAGGCCUACGUGGGAUCAAGGACAGGCAAGGGCCACACCUUCCAUGCUGGCCUCUGGUUCUACACCUAACCCCGCGCCUCCUCCUCCUCCACCUCCUCCCCCGCCUCCUCCACCACCUCCUCCCCCUCCUGUACAUGAGCUGAGCCGUUUGUACAGGGAAUCUCUGGGAUCUAAGAUGAUCCCAGACGUCCAGCGUCUUGGUGGCAGCUCUACAUGUCCUGCAGUCUACGGGGUUCAGCCCCCUCUCCCUAUUUAUGCUGCUGAGCAACUCUCUGCGCACCAAGCUUAUAACGCUAUCAACUGCUUGUCCCUGGACCCCCGCCAGUCAGCUGCCACCAGUUCAGUGGUGGACCCAGCUUCUCAGGGAAUGGACGGAGCUUUCCCCCGGGGUUAUGGAGCUAUAGCCUCCCAGAGGCUGCCUUAUGACCCAAACUAUGAUCCCAGUUCAGCCAUGGUGGCUGCAACAGCCGGAAUGACCUCUAGCCUGCCUCCUCACCACCCCAGCGCCACAGACCCCAAGAAGAUGGUGGACCCUUCCUUCUUGGCUUUCCUGCGAGCUGAAGGCUUGGCUGAGAGCACUAUCACUCUCCUGCUGCAACAUGGCUUUGAUUCCACUUCCACUCUGGGAAUGAUGGAGGACCAUGACGUCCGCUCUGUUGCCCCUAACUUGGCCCAGGCCCGUGUUUUGUCCCGCGUGGUGCUUAGUUGCAAGGCAAGUGGGCCGACACGUACCCGAUCCAACAGCUUCAGCCACCGCAACGACCUCUACAUGCAGCCCCAGGGCUUGACCAUGGACCCCAGCCUGAUGCAGCAACAUCCUUCCACCAUCCAGACCGUGUCCCCAAGGAUGGGAGAGUUUCUUGGCAGAAGACCCAGCAGUGCACCAUCCCAACACUUGCUUGAAACCACCACCUACCCAGGACCACGGCCGCUGGGAGCUGGAGCUUACCCAAUGAGCCCUGGAGGAUAUAGCAGUGCUCUAACACAGGGACGACCCCUCUCCAUGUACAGUGCCCACACUGGUCUUGCCAUGUCUGCUCUUGGACAACAGCCUCCACCAGCUCCUGGCACCCCUGGAGCUGCACCCAAAACCUUCUCUAGCUCCUAUUCCCCCAUGGAGCUGAUGAAGAGACCCCCCAACCUCCCCCUAGCGUCGCCAAUGGGAGCGCCAAGCCCCCUUCACAGCCCCCAACUUCUCCGCAAAGGGAUCAAUGCUGCUCCCGAGAAUUCCAUUGUUCCCGUAACGUCUUCUUCCAAUCUCCAAGUGCAAAACUUUAACAACAACAACAACAAGAUGAUAGGACGUCGUACAGGUCCACCUGUCAUAGUCUCCACCAUGGUCACCACACCUGACACAAGUAAUGUCAAACCCCACCUUUCUCACUAUUUCUUCAAACCCUUUCUCCUCUGUCCUUGUUGCUGGUUUAUAUUUUUUUCUCUAGUCAUUGGUAAUAAUUUAGUUUUUCUCAUUUUGUUUCGUCAUAGAUUAGAUACAUAUAGAGAUUUAAUUCUGUGUAUGGUAGUUUUGUAUAGUGUGCCAAGAAACUAUCCGACAGUCUUUUUGAAUGGAGGAGUAGCAUGUAAGAUGCAUCUGACAAGUUAAGCAGCUUUGCUCUGAGAGGUCUUUUUUUUGUUUUUAAAUUAUGCAACUAUUUAUACAUGUAUUGCAACAGAGUUGUGUCAUUUGCCAGAGGGGAUCCUGUCUCAUCACCAAGAUGAAAUAUUUCUUAUGAGCAGCAUUCCAGUUAUUGGGGCCAACAUUUUUCUGUCUUUUUCUUUUUCCUUUAGUUUAAUGGUCAGAAUCAUUUUGAAGCAACAGUGUGCAGUGGUUUUGUAGCUCCACCUUGCUUUUUCAGUGUUUGUUCUACAUGGUUUGUGAACUUGUUGGGAACUCACAAUACAAUUUGGCAAAAAAAUAAUAAUAAAAAACUCCAGUUAACAGGAUAGUGUUCGCUAGC